UUUCUCAAAUACUACUUGAAUAUCUACAUAUACAGUAUGCUCAAAUAUUUAAACUACUAUUUUAUAAACAUGUUCAUAUGUUGCCAUAUAUCAGAUUUCUGUAUGGGUUAAAACAGUAAAAAGUCAAAGUUUUUUAUUAUUAUUAAUAUUAUUGAAAAGAAAAGUGCUUUAAUAAAUAGUGACCAUACAAGAGCAUCUAAUAAUUGGUUUGUAUGAAUACAAUAAACAUGAUAAACAUGUAUUUUGCCAAUUCAGGCACUUUUAUAAAAAAUAAAAAAAAGUGUGUUGUUCACGACAAGUUUGCCUAAAAGUCCCUUUGCUUCUUUUGAAGGACUAAGCAAAAGGAGAAAAAGAUGGGGUUAUUUUGUCGAUGGAGAUUAAGGCAGAGGGGGGCUUUUUGUCAUUUGUGCGAGACAAGCCAUUCAUCCAUUCCCCGUUCAGAGCCCCAAAAAAAGGCUGUUCCCAGAAAUUAGCAGUUUCAGCUCAGCAGCAAAGGCGUCGGGCUGUGAAGGAACAGAGAAAUUGACUAAUUAGCAAUGCGCACUAAAACUUGACGGUUCUCUCCAUAACGCGCACAGAGAAAGGGAGGCAAGACUCGCUUUUUCUCCUCUCCUCUUUUUCCAUAGAUGUUUGAAAUCGCAGUCAUUUACGCUCGACAGUUUUUACAAUAGCCUUGAGCCAUAAUUUUGCGAGUCUCUCCAGCAUCCAUACCCCUGCGCGGUCUCUCUCCACCGGCCAUGCGCGUCCGUUUCUCUCCCCGACCGUGGAUUUCCUAUUACUCUCGUUACGACUCACUGAGCCCCAGGCCCAAGGAUAAUGAUGUGUUGUUUCUUGGUAGCAUAAUUUGUCACACGUAUAUUUCUUCUUCUUCUUCUUCUCUUGCAGAAAGCACACAGCUCCUCUCACACUCACACACUCAUUUCUUGCUGUUAAUUCAAAGGAAACAUAAAUGAUCAGAGGAACAAAUGAAUGGGAAUCAAUGAUUAGUAUUCUGAUCCAUCGAUCAUAGACUUUAAAAAAAUAGAGGAUCGCACAUAGAAGAACAAAGAAAGUGCAUUGAAGGACUCGAAGCUUUACUUUUCUCAAGUCAGGUAAGUUUUCGGAUACCUACUAACAUCAUUUGGCACGGGUGCGCAGGGUGCGCAUAUGGUGCGAAAGUUGUUUCUUCUCCGCGAUGCGUUCGCGUUAUCGCACAAAUAGCGUGAUAACGCGUUUCUUGUUGGAUUGCUGGAUUGUGUUGCGUUUCCUCGCAUUGCCGACAAAAGCGAUGCGCAACCGCACAUCAAUGUUGAUGAUGAUGAUGAUGGUUGCGGGAGAAAACUAAUUGCUUUUGUAUCGCAUAUCGGGGGAACGUGUACAUGUAUCUAUCCGUUGUGAGGGUGUGUGUGUGUGUGUGUGUGUGUGUGUGUGUUUGUGUGGCCAGAUAUAACAGUAUAGCUAGCACAGAUACGAGUUUGUAUCCUAUAUUAUGUUUCAAUCCGUAGCGUCCACAUGAGAUGUGCUUAAGCAAAUGCCUUUAUGAUGCAAAAUCAUCGGAUGCAUGCAUGAGAUCCACAUGAUAUAUGCAUAUGCCUUUUUAAUGGAUAUCAUCGCAUAUGGUGAGAAAUGCAGUGUGGUGCACCAAUGGCAUUGUUUACUCAUAGGAGGUGUGCGCAGCCCCGGAGUCAUGUCCAGAUCGGGUGACCGAACCUCCACGUUUGACCCGACUCACAGCGACACUCUGCUGCACGGUCUCAACCUGCUGUGGAGGAAGCAGCUCUUCUGCGAUGUGACUCUGACCGCGCAGGGACAGCAGUUCCAUUGCCAUAAAGCGGUGCUGGCAUCCUGCUCGCAGUAUUUCAGGUCUCUGUUCUCCACACACAUGCUCAACAGAGAAGAUGGGCUGGCAGCGAAGGACCAAGGAAGCAGCGGCACCCCAUCCUCCUCCCCGGAUGACAAGCUCCUUCCCAGCCCGGGCUCCACCACCAUCAACAACCUGGUGCUGCAAGGCUGCUCCUCCAUCGGUCUGCGGUUGGUGCUGGAGUACCUGUACACCGCCAACGUGACCCUCUCCCUGGACACGGUGGAGGAGGUGCUCUCCGUCAGCAAGAUCUUAAACAUACCCCAGAUCACCAAGCUCAGCGUGCAGUUUCUCAACGACCAGAUCUCGGUGCAGAAUUACAAGCAGAUCUGCAAGAUCGCAGCUCUCCACGGACUGGACGAGACCAAGAAGCUCGCCAACAAGUACCUGGUGGAGGACGUUCUCCUCCUGAACUUUGAGGAGAUGUGCGCCAUGCUGGACGCCCUGCCUCCACCCGUGGAGUCAGAGCUGGCUCUCUUUCAGAUGUCGGUGUUGUGGUUGGAGCAUGAUCGGGAGACCAGGAUGCACUACGCUCCAGACUUGAUGAAGCGCUUGCGGUUCGCCCUUAUCCCGGCCCCAGAGCUGGUGGAGAGGGUGCAGUCGGUGGACUUUAUGAGGAAUGACCCGGUGUGCCAGAAACUGCUCCUAGAUGCCAUGAACUACCACCUGAUGCCCUUUAGACAGCACUGCAGACAGACCACUGCUAGCAGGAUUCGCUCAAACAAACGGAUGCUCCUGUUGGUUGGAGGCCUUCCUCCAGGGCCAGACCGCCUCCCCAGUAAUCUCGUUCAAUACUACGAUGACGACAAGAAGACAUGGAAGAUCCUCACAAUAAUGCCGUAUAACAGCGCCCAUCACUGUGUGGUCGAAGUGGAAAACUUCCUUCUUCUACUUGGAGGAGAAGACCAGUGGAACCCUAAUGGCAAGCACAGCACUAAUUUUGUAAGUCGGUAUGAUCCAAGAUUCAAUAGCUGGAUACAACUACCACCCAUGCAGGAAAGGAGAGCGAGUUUCUUCGCAUGCUGCCUGGAUAAGCACUUGUAUGUUGUUGGGGGAAGGAACGAGACAGGUUAUCUGUCUAGCGUUGAAGCCUACAACCUUGAGACAAACGAAUGGAAUUACGUUUCGUCUCUUCCUCAGCCGCUGGCUGCACAUGCAGGGGCCGUGCACAAUGGGAAAAUAUACAUCUCAGGUGGGGUUCACAAUGGAGAAUAUGUGUCUUGGCUUUACUGCUACGACCCCGUGAUGGACGUAUGGGCUCGAAAACAGGACAUGAACACUAAGCGAGCCAUACACGCCCUCGCAGGCAUGAAUGACCGCCUCUAUGCUAUUGGCGGCAACCACUUAAAAGGAUUCUCUCAUCUGGAUGUAAUGCUGGUUGAAUGCUACGACCCUAAAGCAGAUCAGUGGAACAUUCUGCAAACGCCCAUCUUAGAGGGACGCAGCGGACCUGGAUGUGCUGUUCUUGAUGACAGUAUUUACCUAGUGGGGGGCUACAGUUGGAGCAUGGGGGCGUACAAGUCAUCCACCAUUUGUUACAGUCCAGAGAAAGGCACUUGGACAGAAAUGGAAGGAGAGGUGGCAGAACCUUUAGCUGGGCCGGCUUGUUCCACGGUCAUACUGCCAGCCUGUUUACCAUUUAACAAAUAACUGUAUAGAACGGCAAAGAAUGCAGCCAAGUAGAAGAAAACACCACUGGGAUGGAAAGUCCAUUGCUAAAGAUAAAUGAAUGAGAGGACUCUCUCUGAGAAACGCCUGUAGCUUUUGAACAGGAGGUGAUGAGGUGUACAGAUUAUUAUUUUUUUACUGGUCUGACAAGAGCACUUUGUUUCUUUCAUACCUAAAAGUUUAAAAUUGAUGUAAAUCAUCAACUUUACGUAUUUGAUGCUCACGUGUGUUGACAUUCAACUGCUCAUACUCUAUACAAUUUUUAUCGUAAAUGUUUUUGCUUAACUUGACAUUGGCACGUAUACUUUUUCCAAAUCGAUAUACAGUAACUUCCGUACGUACUUUGUAUUUUGUGGAAACUGGCGAUGAAAAAGAAAAUGUUGAUUUGGGUUGACAAAGGACCAUUCAUGUUUUUCUGAGCAAAAAUCACAAUUCUGUGUACAAUGUAGAAUAGAUAUCAACUAUUUAAUAUAAAUCACACCAUGUCUGCUUGUUAGAUAUUGCCGCUGAACUUAAGUGGCACAUUGUUAUUUGUACAGAUGAGAGGAGAUUAAAUGUCAAUUAUUAAAAAAGAAAAAACAAAUCAUGUCAGAGAACACCGACACAACGUUGAUUGAUUAUUGGUUGAACAAUCAUUCUAUUAUUUACUUAGCCAUGUAGUAUAUAUAUGCAUGGCGUGGAGUGGAAAGCUUAUUGUAUUAUACUGUGGAUACAUAAUUGCUUUGUUUAUGUUGUUUACUUGUUCAUAUCUCACAGUGCCUAUGUUUAGCACUAGGUUGCUCUAUUUCAUAAAAUGUCCCAUUAUAACAGCCUUACUAAAAUCAGCCAUUUUAAACCGAGUCAUAUUAAUUAUUGGACUGAUUGGUUUCUCCGAGGCGUGAUAAGAAAUCGGAAUAUGUUGCACUGAUAUUUCUCGGCCCUUUUGAUGAGGAAAGGGACUGUUUUUUUUUGUUUUUUUUUUCAUUCUUGUAAAUAAUUGCUUGCAGUGGAACAUUUUGUGCUCAUAGGAUUUAUUCUCAAAUCCUGUUAUGUUCUUCAUAUUUUAUUCUAUGAAAAUAAAACUGAA